UCCUAUCGCGAAGCAACCCCGUCCACUAAACGUGUACUACGCGUUAUGCGACAACAUGGCGUGGGAGCAACGCAGCGACAAGCACGUGCGCGACCGCGAGGCUGACGUCAUCGACUACCUCGCGCACCGACAUUGCGAGCUAACAGAACCCCAUCUAUACGUCGCGCUGUUUGACACCGAAAGGAAUGAAGAGGCUAAACGCGGCUGGAAAGAACAGGAAACACAAAAGGCGGAAGUAACUGAGCGCGAGAAGGAGGCCGAGAUCGACCCGUUAGCGCCGUACUUAGCGCGCAUGUUCGGCAGCGGGCACGGCGCCGGCGCGGGCACCGCACUCACCUACCAGCAGGCGUCGUUACUGCGCGAGCAGUGCGUUACUGACUUCAAAGCCAAGCAACUGGAGAGACAGAACCUUAUACAGGCUAGAUACGAUAAGCUCAACGGUGAAUACAAGGCAAAGCGUCUAUGGUAUCUCGCGAAUCAGUUUAUCUUAACACCGGAGAAAGAAUCUGCAUAUUUUGCCACAAGUGCGGAGUUGGCCUUCCGCGUGCACUCCCUGGAGGUGCGUCUGACGCGGCACCGCGACCUCUCCGGCCCAAGGUUCCGCGCGCUGCAAGACUACCUCGACAAACAUCCCCUACUCAAAGAUUAUAACAGGACGAGGAAACUCAAAGCAUAGUAGGGCCUAAAUUAGUCUAUGAUUUUAGUCUGUACUCUAUGGUUGACUGACGUUUAUCAGUAUUGCUAUGUCAAAUUGACAGAAAACCAUAAAUACGGAGCUUGAAGCCACUUACUGUUGAUUAACCGUGGUUUUCACUGCAUCUUAUUUUGUAGUGUUUAAUGAAUGUAAAAUUUUGCUGAAUUUAAAAAUGAAUUUAUAGUUGUUAUAUAUGUUAUCUAAUAGU